AUGUGGGAUUUCAGGCCUCUCUCUCAUGUACUAGUUCUGUUUAUUUUUCAAUUACUGGUAGCAUUGGUCUCUUCUGCUGGACCUGGUACAAGAACUGGCUGGAAAACAUUUCAAGGAUCUCCACCACUGGUCAUUGCACGAGGUGGAUUUUCAGGGACAUUUCCAGAUUCAAGUUUUGCUGCAUAUAGUUUGGCAGUGAACACUAGUGUUCCAAAUGUUAUUCUAUGGUGUGAUGUUCAGUUGACAAAGGAUGGAGUUGGGAUUUGUUUGCCAGAUAUCAAGCUAGACAAUGCCACUGACAUUUCCAUCGUUUACCCUGGUGAAGCAAAGCUUUACUUAGUUGAUGGGGUUCUAACUCAGGGAUGGUUUUCUUCGGAUUACACCUUGAGAGAACUAGCAAGUGUCUCAGUUCUUCAGGGAAUCUUCUCUCGAACAGAAAGACUUGAUCGCAAUCAAUAUCCCAUUCUCACUGUUGAAGAUGUGUUUAAAUUAGUUAAGCCACCAUCACCCGGUCUGUGGUUGAAUGUUCAGCAUGAUGCAUUCAUCAACCAACAGAAGUUGAGUACAAGAAGAUUUCUACUUUCUCUGUUUGCUAAAGGUGUAUCAGUCAGUUACAUAUCAUCACCUGAUGUGGGUUUCUUGAGGAGAAUGAGAUCAGUCAUCAGUCCUAGAACAACCAAACUGGUCUUUAGGUUUCUAGAGGAGAAUAAAAUUGAACCUGCAACCAAUCAGACUUAUGGUUCACUCUUGAAAAAUCUCAAGGAUAUCAGGACCUUUGCUGAUGGAAUUCUUGUAACCAAGGGUUAUAUAUGGCCUGUAGACCCAUCCCUUUAUCUACAACCUCAUACCUGUCUUGUCUCAGAUGCUCAUAGAGAAGGGCUUCAAGUUUUUGUGUCAGACCUAGUUAAUGAUGUUCCAUUUAGCUACAAUUUCAGUUAUGAUCCUCUUGCUGAGUGCCUGUCUUUUAUUGACAAUGGUAAAUUCUCUGUUGAUGGUGUGCUCUCUGACUUCCCAAUAACUCCAUCCGCAGCCAUAAAUUGCUUUUCUGGCCUAGGGGAAAACGCCCCAAAACAAGUGGAGACUUUGGUUAUCUCAAAAUAUGGGGCAAGUGGAGACUUUCCUGCUUGCACUGACUUGGCUUAUAAGAAAGCUAUAUUUGAUGGAGCAGAUGUGAUUGACUGUCCUGUUCAGAUGUCCAAGGAUGGAAUACCAUUUUGCUUAAGCUCUAUAGAUCUUACGGAAAGCACAACAGUUGCUAGGUCAAAAUUCAGGAACCUUCAAAGAAUUAUCCCAGAAAUUAAACCUGGCAGUGGCAUAUAUACAUUCGCCUUGACAUGGAAUGAGAUCAAAACCUUGACUCCUUCAAUGUUGAACCCCUAUGAAAACUUCACAUUGUACAGGAAUCCUAAAUUCAGAAAUCAGGGAAUGUUUUUGACCUUGUCUGAUUUUUUGUCCCUGACAAAUGGUCGGACAACUGGUCUCUUGAUCAGCAUAGAGAAUGCAGCCUACCUUGCAGAGAAGCAGGGACUAAGUGUUACCAAUGCAGUCCUUAAUGCUUUGCAAAAAGCAGGUUAUGAUAAGCCAGGUCGCAAAAAAAUUAUGAUUCAGUCCACUCAUAGCUCCGUACUAAAGAUAUUCAAUGGGAAAUCCAACUAUGAAAAGGUAUACAAGGUUGAUAAGAGUAUUAGUGAUGCUGUUGAUUCAGCUGUUCAGAUCAUCAAGACAUUUGCAGAUUCUGUGGUGGUUGGAAAGGAAUCUGUUUUACCUGAAACUUCAGCCUUCCUAGUUUACUAUACAAACAUUGUAAAAAGGCUACAAUCCUUCGAUCUCCCAGUUUAUGUAGAAACUUUCAGCAAUGAGUUUGUAUCUCAAGCUUGGGACUUCUACUCAAGUGCAUUUGUUGAGAUAAAUUCAUUUGUUCAAGGAGCCAAAGUCAAUGGCAUUGUCACUGACUUCCCUAAGACAGCUGAUAGAUACAGAAGGAACAAGUGUUUAAAGAUGGGUGAGAAACCAGCUUACAUGAGCCCUGUUGAACCUGGCAAACUUUUGAAACAAAUUCCUAAGGUGUCCCUUCCACGACCUCCUCCUUCACUUCCAGUCUUGACUGUUCCUAAUGUCACAGAGCCACCUUUGGCUCCUGUUUCAGUAUAG